CCUACAACAUUGCCGUCGUUGUGUCCGUUGUGAUACCUUUCCUUCAUAUCUCCAGAGAUCUUUCGACGCUUGAUGAAUGUCAAGGCACGCCAUGUUUACUCAAGAUCAGCGUCUAUCCACUGAUCUUUCUCUCCAUGACAAGCAACUAGAAAGUGAACCUUUCAUCGGUCACAAGUCUACCGAAAUCGAAGACGCGCAGUCACCAGCAACGUCCAAAAAACGACUAUGGGUUAGUCUUAUUAUAGUCGUACAAUGGAUCAUCCUUGGAGUCUCUUUCUUUUUCAAUGCCGUCCUGUGGUUCGGUCCAAUUGAUCGAGCUUCUGUAGUGUAUUCACCUGUUCAUGAUGCGAUUCGAUUUCAUGAUGUCGUUUACGCAUCUGGAUUCCGCUCUCAAGUCACUAAGUUCCAAGGCCCACCUACUGUAGAGGUUGAACAAGCAUGGGAAGAGCUGUAUCCAUCUACGAUGACUCGAGUAUCUGCAGCAGAAGCGGCAAAACUUGCAAAUAAGACGGUUCGUAUACCCGAUGACCCGGAAAACUAUCUGGUCUCAAUAGACGUUUUCCAUCAGAUGCAUUGUCUGAAUAUAAUCCGCAAAAAGGUGUGGGGAGUUGUUCCUGACACAUACGUGGAGGAGAAAAUGCUAGAGCUCGAACAUGUCGACCAUUGUGUGGACAGCAUCCGGCAAAGCCUAAUGUGUUCGGGAGAUGUAACCCCCUUGCCAUGGAAAUGGGGAAAGAAUGAGACUGAUGGGACUGACCUGCUGCAUCCUGAGGCACACGUUGUCCAUACCUGUCUCGACUGGAACUUGCUUAUUCAUUGGGCUGAGGACCGAAAGAUCGUUAACUUGACGCGCGACAAGAAGCCGGUAGAAGAAGAAUCAAAAAAAUAAAUCUUUAAAUAGUCAAUACAGUGCCUUGCCAUA